AUGGGUAAGUGGUUGAGGACUAGAGUGUUGGGAAGUGGUUCCUAUGGCACUGUUUUUCUUGCUAUUUCUGCUGCUCCUGGUAGUUGGAAGAAGCCAAUAGCCAUGAAGAGUUCGAGGCUUGAGUUAUCACGUUCCUCGCAGAUGGAAGAACAUAUUUUGAAGUCUUUCACUCUGUGUCCAGAAAUCGUUCAAAGCCAUGGAUGCCAAAUCACCAAUGAGCAGGGUUUAUUGGUAUACAAUCUUCUAUUAGAGUACGCUCCUCACGGUACUCUCUCUCAUUUGAUCAAUAAAGAGCCAUUCUUGGAUACCAAAGCAACCAAAGUCUACAUCCGUGCCCUUCUCAGAGGCCUUUCUUGCAUCCAUCGGCGAGGCUUUGUCCAUUGUGAUCUUAAACCUCAAAAUAUUCUUGUGUUUCCUCCUUGUCCAUCACAUCAAGACUCUGAGUUUUACUAUCAGCUGAAGAUUGCAGAUUUUGGGCUUUCAAGAACAUGUGAUGAGAAUUUCAAUGAAGAGAAUUGGAGGUACAAGUUUAGAGGGACUCCUAUUUACAUGUCACCAGAAUCGCUGAGUUUAGGCAAGAUAGAAGCACCGUUAGAGAUAUGGUCUCUCGGUUGUAUAGUUCUUGAAAUGAUCACUGGAUAUAAUGGUUCAUGUUGGGAUUUUGAAAAGAACACCAAAGAUUCCCUCUGGACUGAGCUGGGAAUGCAGAGACUUCUUGAAGAAAUGUUUUAUAAAUAA